CGAAUACGCCAUCGCAACUCCCUCCGUUUCUCAAUCAACUCUAUUCGGAACGGCGGGUCCAAACUUACAUUUGAUGGACACACCUGACAUUGAAUACCUAGAUUUCUCUGCUAAGACUCUAGGAUGGCUACUAUGAAGCUACAAUAUCCAUGUCUUCGGCGCCGUUCGUCUUCCUAUCUCCAGCAUUUCCCUCCGAGCUUCUCAAUUAUAUCCUAGACCGUCACGUCUAUCCCACAACGCUUAUAAUAUGCUCCUCUCGGCAGGACUUCCUCGCAACCCUCGCUAACGAUGUGUAUCAAGAGAUAACAUCUCCUGAGGAGGUAGCUCCUGUGGAACAAGGAGCAGAAAGUCCGCCUCCUGACGCCGCGCGGAACGUUCAUAUGGUUGAUGAGGAGCAGGUCAGGCAAAAGCAGAGGCUCUUAUCCUCUCCUUUGUACCAACUUGCUACAUCACGGCACACCCGCGUGGUAUACAUCCCCACAGUCACGCAUCUCCGCGCCUAUCUAGCCGUCUUUUCGCCCGAUGAUUCCAAGAUCUCAACCCCUCCAGCUAAUUUUAGCGCUUCGGGAAGAUACCCACCACAUAUAAUAUUGUAUGGGUUUCUGGAGAUGCAUCGUGAUACCAGCGAAUGGAGCGCUCAGGGUCUUGGCAAUUCCACCUCUACGCUAAUAGAGCUGGGUCAUCGAUUGCAAUGGCAAACGAUUAUUGUCGAGCCCCGGAAGCACAACCCUCCCCAACCUUUCGAGGACGUGCUAAAAGAAGCCGUCCCCUUUCUAAGCGGUGGUGGUCGAAGGUUAGGCCCCGACUCGGAAGAGGGUGGUUGGACAGGCCGAACUGUGGAGGUCGGGAGAGUUAUGAAGAGAUGGUUUCAUUUUCAGCGUGGAGAGUGGGAUACGAGCUUGAAAGAUGAAGAGGAACACUCCGAAAACAAAGGAUGAAAGUCGAUCUUGAUGAGCAUGUAAUCAUUCUCUCUUCGGACACUCGUCACGUUGGUUAUAAUAAUGAACCACUUGACGUCUAUAUACAGACCGCCUAAGCCUUGACCGGCCCUCAACACCUGAACGCCUGCUGUGGUAUCCCAAUCGUGGUCUCGUCACGCAUGCACUGAACAAAUAAGGGAUAAUAAUCAAAUAGCCUGCUCCAUCUCAGUGAUAUACAGCUUGAUGUGCGACUCCAUCUUCAGAUACUCGUCGUAUGCCGCGUGGACCUCGUUCUCAAUGUUCUCCUUGAGAUCAAGCAUCUGUU